AUGCCGCUCUGUCUCACCUUCAUCGACUUAAAGAAGGCCUUCGACUCAGUUGAGACGGAAGCGGUUGUGGAAGCCUUGGACAACCAAGACGUCCCCACUCAGUACAUAAAGCCACCCCCGAGAACCCUCAAUGCGAAAGUUGGAAUGGGACGACAUGGGAGUGAAGGUCGACGGUUGGCAGCUACACCAUUUGCGCUUCGCUGA